GUUGAGUCUUACAAAGCAACUGUUAAGGAGCAAGCUGAAGAAUUGGUGAUAAAAAAGUUCCCUGAACGCAUUAUCCACUUCAACAAGCUUCUCAACGAGACUCCCUUUCUCUGCGAAGACCUCACCUCAGUCCACUCUGAUCUGAAGAUCCCUGUCCCAGAACCACAGAUUAUAAAUAAUCACGAUGGAGAUCCUCCUGCUAAGAAACGCAAGGGGGUCGACGGCACAGAAGAAGCAGUGAUGGGUGCUAAGGUCUUUAUUCUCCCCUCAGGAUCAGUCCCCAUUAACUCCCACAUCACCCUUAUGGUCGACACAAUAAAACCAUUGAUUCGUCAGCUUGUUGAAGAAGCCAAUUUGCUUAAAAUGUGGGUGUCAUUCCUUAUUCCCAAAAUUGAGGAUGGCAACAACUUUGGUGUUAGUAUCCAGGAAGAGACCCUUGGAGAAAUCCGGACAGUGGAGUCUGAAGCUGCAGCCUUUUUUGACCAAAUCUCACGAUACUACAUGACACGAGCUAAGCUGGUGUCAAAGGUAGCGAAAUAUCCACACAUUGAUGACUACCGACGAACUGUUGUGGAGUUGGAUGAGAAAGAGUACCUGUCCUUACGCAUCACAUUGUCAGAGAUCAGGAAUCACUAUGCCACACUACAUGACAUGAUCACAAAGAACAUGGAGAAGAUUAAGAAGCCGCGGAAUGCUAAUUCCAUUGAAGCCAUGUAUUAGAAGUUAAAAAGUAUUCCUAAACUAGACUCUUGACUGUUUCAUGUCCUGAAGUGGCUGUGUGUCACUGACUAACAAUUGCAAUGCUGCUCAUUCUUGAGGAUUGCUGUGUUGAUGACAUCUUAAUUUUGGCCGCUCUGCUCUAGUUCGGUGGAACACAUUUGUUGAAAUUUCAUUUAGCACAUUUGGGUUACAUUGUUUUCUUGUUUUGAAAAGGGAAAACAUUCAUAUGUGGAGAACUCCUUGGGUCUUCAGAUUGACUUUCUGAAUAGUGUAGAGAAAUAUGUAUUAUAUAUAUAUAUGAAGGAAGGAAAUAGUGUACUUGUAUUUUUUUCUGUGACUUUCAUAAUACUGGAUAGUAAAUACUUAUUCAUGAUGUUUUGUAUGAUUUUACAUGCAUUUCUUGUGGACUUUUUAUUUUGUAAUGAAAUAUGAAAGCCAAAGGAGUUGUAGGUGGAAGGUUGGGAUAGUAGAACAUAUUUUCAGUGUUUUAAUGUUGACUGUUUUCUUUCUUUGUUCAAGGGUAAUAUAGUGAUAUUCAGUGUUUGAGGCAUAGCAACUGUAUAUAUACUGUUGGCAAUUUAAUGGACUGACAGCAGGUUUCUCACAUAAACCUAAUGUUAGACCUGAAAGUAUUUUGGGAGGGAAUUUUCUAUAUGAGAGUUCUUUGUCUUUGAGUAUGUGUUUCUUUAGUUGGGGAAUUUUAAGAUUUAUUAUUUCUUGAGAGAGGAUUUCUUGAAGUGUCAAUAUUAAGGUCACUCAAGAACUUGGGUUAUUCCAUAUUUUUGUUUAGUGUUUUCUCUUUCACAUGACUGAAUAUGAUGUGGCCAAACCUUUUAUCAUAAAGCCCUGUUCUUUUUGUGCAAGUACUAUGUACUUCUGUCUCACUGUUUUUUUUAAUGUGAUAAAGAUAAAAGUAGAACACUUUCUUUUUUA